AUGGGGCUAUCUCUGGUUUUGUUUUGCGGGGCCAUUGCCGGAAUCUCGGGGUUCCUUUUUGGCUAUGAUUCCGGGGUCAUGACCACGACUAUUGCACAGGAACAGUUCCUCCAGCAGUUUAAUCCAACAUCGUCCAUGAUGGGGACAAUUAUCGCAAUCAUGCAAGCUGGGGGCUUUUUUGGCUGUCUGACAGCGGGGAAAUUAUCAGAUUUAUGGGGAAGGAAGAAAGCAAUUAUGUUCGGCUGUGUGUUCGUGGUGGUCGGCGGCGCUCUCCAAGCUGCGGCAUAUCACACCGCCAUGCUCAUAACCGGACGCUUUAUUACUGGCUUCGGUGUUGGAUCCCUGACCAUGACCGUGCCCGUGUAUCAGGCGGAAAUUUCACCACCUAAAUGGCGAGGGACUAUUGUCGGCUGUCAGCAACUGAUGCUAGCUAUGGGGAGCGCCACUGCCAACUGGACUGGGUAUGGUUUCAGCUUCGUGAACUCCUCGUUCCAAUGGCGCGUGCCACUCGCUCUACAGGUCGUUCCAGGAAUUGUGCUUUUCGUUGGCUCCUGGUUUCUUCCCGAAUCUCCACGGUGGCUUGUGGAGCGCGACGCACUGGAUGCUGCGUUACAUGUAGUACAGCGCCUGAAUCCUGACAAGCAGAACCCGAAUUCGGCUUACACCGAGUUCCGGGAGAUUGUGGAGCAGAUCAAACAAGAGAAAGCACACGCCUCGGAACGUAGUUACCUCCAGAUCUUCCGGCGAAAGGCAUGGAGGAAUCGACUCCUCCUAGGGGCCGGCAUCUGGCUAAUGCUGAAUCUGACUGGGAUCAAUGUCAUCAACUACUACUUGACUCAAUUUUUCACUUCUCUCGGAUAUGGAGGCAGACGAGCAAUUUUCCUGACAGGAGUCUACGGCUCUGUCGGAGCCGCUACCACCUUUAUAGUCCUGUUCUUCGUACAUCGCCUCAGCAGGAGAACUCCCCUGAUGAUAGCGAAUAUCUCACAAACAGCCACGUUGAUAGUGAUGGCAGGACUCACAGAGGCAUCGGAACUGGGAGUAAGUGGGCAGAUUGGGGGCGUUGCAAUGAUCUUUUUAUUCUUUAUCAUUUACUGCACCACUUGGGGUCCAUUGUCAUGGGUGUAUGCGUCGGAGAUUUUCCCAACACAAAUCAGAUCGAAGGGAUAUUCGAUGGCCAGUGCGGUCAAUUGGUCAGUAACUCUUUUGUUCAAUCAAACAGGUCCGAUUGCCUUGGAUCACAGUGGAUGGAAGUUUUACUUCCUUUUCGUGGCCACGAAUUUUGUUUCAGCUCUCAUUCUGUUAUUUCUCUAUCCGGAGACAAGCGGAAAAUCUUUGGAGGCAAUAGACUCGCUAUUCGACGAACAUAAUGCAAUGCAUAGGUCCACGUCAGAGGCAAACGAGGUGAGAAGGACAAGUAUCGAAUUAGAUGUGAAAGGUUAA